UUGACACACAUGUAUUAAAAACUUGGAAGUAUUCACAUUGAAUCCUCAUCAUGAAACUAGUAUUCCUUAUGCUCGCCUUCUUGGCAUUGCAUAAUUAUACAAGAGCGCAAAUCGUAUUUCCUGGACAAGUGUCUCAACGCCGCAAUCAAUAUGCGUCCACCCAAAGCUUAAAAAAUAGGAUCAACAAGUUUACGAUGAGCUUAUUCAAGAAUAUCUUGGAGAAAGAAUCCGGAAAUUUUGUCACUAGUCCACUCAGCGCAUAUCUGGUACUUGCUAUGACAGCAUAUGGAGCUAAAGGCACAACACGAGACGAACUAUUACAAGUUUUGGAUCUACCGUAUGACAAGGAGUCAGCAAAGAGUCUAUUGCAUGUUAUUAAUAGCGUCAAGAGAUACUCGACGGAAUCACUAUUACGGGUCGAAAACCGAAUUUUCGCAAAGCCGCACCUUUCACUCAAUAGAUAUUAUCAGGCACUUCUUCAAGGGGUCUUCCAAUCUUCUGUGCAAACCGUUGAUUUCGGAAAUCCUUCUGAAGCUGUUAACAUCAUAAAUGCCUGGUGCAGGCGUGCUACUUUUGGAUUCAUUGAUAAAAUUGUCGAUGACACGAUAGAUCCUACGACUGCCCUCCUACUCGCCAAUUCCGUGCUUUUCCAGGGUAAAUGGAAAAUUCCAUUUUCUUCGAGGGAUACAUAUUUACGUCCAUUUAAGGUCAAUGAUACCAUUACUAAAGAUGUGCCAACAAUGAUUCAUGAAGAAGAUGUACUGAUCGGAAAACUUCCUCACCUAAAGGCUACCUUCAUUGGUCUUCCUUACAAGGACGGUGAUAAACCAGAAGAAACAAUCCAUAUGUAUGCUAUUUUGCCUGAUCGUCCAGAGUAUUUAACCAUAACCGAACGGAAUAUUGGUCGUCUUACUCUUGCGGAUCUCCAGAACGCAAAACUUUUUGAACGAGAAAUACGUUUACCCAAAGUUAAAAUUUCGAAAAAUUUGAAACUGCGCGAUUAUCUUAUGGCGAUGGGGAUUAAGCAGGCUUUUUCAAAAGACGCAGAUUUCAAUGGAAUGUUCAACAACGCUAGGAAGUUGAGUAUUAGUGAUUUAGUACAGAAAACAUUACUUAAGGUGGACGAGGAAGGAACAAUAGCUGCUGCUGUUGCAUGGGCACCUCUUACCAAUAAGAUUGGAAGCCUGCCCUUGGUCUUCGAUCGACCUUUCCUUGUAGUUAUUGCCACGAACGAUGUUAUUUUGUUUGCUGGUAAAGUAACAGACCCAUCGGUUUCUGAAUAAUGAAUACUGUUGGAAUUAUACUGUUGUGUUUUGUGAAGUUGUAUUUCACCAGUAUUUUUUAAAAGAGUCUUAUAGAAAUUGAUUAGUUGGUUUUCCAUUUUUCGAGUGAAAAAUUGGAAAUGUUUCACAAUGUUACAUGAAAUUUCUCCAGAAUUUUUUAUUGACGAAUCAGUCAAUUUUGCAAGUAUUCAGGUAAUUCCCUCAAACGAACGGAUCCGUUCGUUUGAAAUAGUCAACUCAUAACUAAAACCUUGCAGAUUUAUGUGCAAUUUCCGACGUAAUGUUAAAAUAUCCAUGGACUACUGGUAAGUAAUUUGCAAUUGAGUUCAAGUAAAUGUCAUUACUGAAGCCGAUGUUAAAGAUAAUAAAAUAAUGAAAUAAUAAAACUUGAA